AUGCUUUACAGGUACAACAUGCAUUCAGUUUCUAAAAUAGCCAUCAUAGGAGCUGGAGUGAGCGGCAUAGCUGCCAGCAAACAACUAUCUCAUCACAACCCUCUUGUUUUUGAGGCCUCUGAUUCCAUUGGUGGGGUGUGGAGGCAUUGCUCCUACAAUUCCACCAAGCUUCAGUCGCAUAGGCGUGACUAUGAGUUCAGCGAUUUCCCUUGGCCUCAGAGAGAGAGUUCGGAAUUCCCCACCCACUUGGAGAUUUUGGACUAUUUGCAUUCCUAUGCUGAGCACUUUGAUGUGCUCAAGAACAUCAGGUUCAACUCCAAGGUGGUGGAAAUCAGGUAUGUUGGGGACCAGGAAGAUCUUUCUUCUAGUUUUGGAGGCCUACCUAGUGACCAUAGAACCCCACUCCCUGGUCAUCCUGUAUGGGAAAUCGGUGUGCAAAAAAACAAUCAAUCAGACAGCAUUCAGUGGUACGCCUUUGAGUUUGUAGUGGUUUGCAUCGGAAAAUAUGGUGACAUACCCAAGAUUCCAGAAUUUGCAUGCAACAAAGGCCCUGAUGUGUUCAAGGGUAGGGUCAUGCACACCCUUGAUUACUGUAAACUUGACCAAGAGGCUGCUACUAAGCUUCUCGAGGGGAAGAAGGUUGUGGUGGUUGGUUUCAAAAAGUCAGGUAUUGACUUAGCCAUGGAGUGUGCCAAGGCAAACCAAGGACCUCAAGGGCAAUCGUGCACCAUGGUAGUAAGGACUCCGCAUUGGAUAGUUCCCCAUUACAGGAUUUGGAGAAGUGGAAUUUCAAAGUUUAUUGAGUCCUACCUACUUCGGAAACUCCCAUUGGAAAAGUAUGAGCUAAAACCAGAGCACCCCUUUGAGGAGGAUUAUGCAUCCUGUCAAAUGGCUAUCGUGCCCGAAAAUUUUUUCUCUGAGGCUGAUAAGGGGAAAAUUGUCUUCAAAAGAGCAUCAAAUUGGUCCUUUUGGAGUGGGGGAAUAGAAUUUGAAGACAACUCUAAACUUGAGGCUGAUGUUGUGGUCCUUGCAACAGGUUUUGAUGGGAAGAAGAAGCUCAAAAGCAUCUUACCACGUCCUUUUUGCAGCUUGUUAGAUUAUCCAUCUGGUCUUAUGCCUUUAUAUAGGGGAACUAUUCAUCCGUUGAUUCCAAAUAUGGCCUUUGUGGGUUAUAUUGAGAGUGUUUCAAAUCUAGCCACUUCAGAAAUACGAUCCAUGUGGCUCUCUGGACUAUUAGAUAAGAAAUUUGAGCUCCCUAGUGUUGAGAAGAUGCUUUCACAGACACUUCAUGAGAUGGAUGUCAUGAAAAGAUCAACUAGGUUCUAUAAAAGGCAUUGCAAUUCUACUCAUAGCAUCAACCAUAAUGAUGAAAUGUGUGAAGAUAUGGGUUGGAGUUCAUGGAGGAAGAAGAACUGGAUUACAGAGGGAUUCAGCCCUUACAGUAGCGAAGACUAUAGGAAAAAAGAUUGAGAAUUAAUAUAAUAACCAUUCUAUUUGUGUUCAAAUUAAUAGUCCUAAGAUGUGUAAGAAAAACAAAAAAUGUCCUGACAAAUAAAGAAAUAUUCAAUGUGGUAUCUGUUUUAAAGUUUGUAGAA